UUUUAUUAUUUUGACAUUAAAGCUUUUUCGUGAUUAAAUGUUUAAACAUGUCCUUCUAUUGUUAUUGUUUUCUCAAUUCAUUAAAUGAUGUCUCAAUUAUGUGUUUGUGUGUGCUUCUGAUACACAGUUCAAUGACACGACCUCGUGACUGUGAUAACUAAGCGUGUUCUUGUUGCUAUGCUGAACAGAUAUAAACAAUGAGCUAGUGCCACAGUGAACUGAUGAGGUUAACGAAAUUUCUUCCACAUUUUCUACGCCAGUUCCAGACUGAUUUAGAGAACUCUACGGAGCUACAACAAACUAUGAAAAAGUUCUAUGGAUUUGCGAAAAAAAAAAUUAAAUGUUUAUACUUGCUAUUUAAACAAAUGUGGUGACAUGAGAGUAGUUUACACUUACAGUCAUAGUAAUAAAAAUACCCAGUGUGACCUAUUCAAAAGUGAUAAUCAUAAGAAUGCUUUGAGUUCAGUUAAUAUUAAAAUAUUUAAUUUAAGCCCAUUGCAUCCACAACACAAUAUAUCAGCAUUGCUGUGUUAUAAUAAUUCCCCCCAAAUAAUGGGUUUGUUAGCUUAUAAAGCCAUAAGUCUUAAUACCCUUAAGAGUUUACCUAGUAUCAGUCUUUACAGAAUGUUUUCAAACUCGUAUGCUAAAAACUUGGGGAGUUCUAACAUCAAGAAUGGAAAAUCUUCAAGUAAUUCAGUUAAUGAAGAUAUAGCAUCAAAUUUAGAACACAAAAUAACCGAAAAAGAAAAGUGUGAGGAUAUAACUUCAUUUCCACUACCAUUGGGAAAAAUCCAGUCGAAAAAGAUGAUGUUGGCAUUCACUUGUAAAGUGUGUAAUACCAGAGUCACAAAGCUGAUAUCAAAAUUAGCAUAUGAGAAGGGUGUUGUUAUUGUUCGUUGUCAUGGGUGUGAAAAUAAUCAUUUAAUAGCAGACAAUUUAGAUUGGUUUCCAGAUCUUGAAGGAAAAAGGAAUAUUGAAGAAAUCCUCAAAGAAAAAGGAGAAAACGUACAGAGAAUAUCUGUUGAUAAAGAUACAGUAGAAUUCUUGAAACCAGAUUAAAGAAAUUGUGAAUAUGUUAUAAACUUUGUCCUUUGAUUCAUGUUUACAUGUAUUCUAAAUUAAAAUGGUUGAUGAAUCUAGAA